AUGGAAUUGACGGCGCCUUAUGUGGCUAGGGAUAAUCCGGACGUGGUGGAGCUUCAGGGGAAUAGAACAUCAGGCUACCGGGGAGCCCUCCGGUUGCCCCUGCGUUGCGAAAUUGUGCAGCCUGAACAGCCCUUUCUGUGGCAGAAAACAGGUCCUGACCAGAAAAGGAAACAGACCUCAGAAGCAGGAGGGCUUUAUGGGCAGCUCUCUGCUGCUGGCUCAACAGGGAAUGCAUACUGGGUUGAAGUCCUAUGUCUGUCCCCAGUUGAAGCUGAUAUGCCACCGAGUCCAUAUAAGUCAUGUAUUUUCUGCUGCUGCAUCUGGGGAGACAGCUUUAGUCAGAAGACCUCCCUUACUCAGCAUAUCUGCCUGCAUACAGGGGAGAAGCCUUUUAAGUGUGGGGAACUAAUCCUAUCCAUUCUAACAACUGUGGGUGUGGCUUUAGAGCGCCAAACUCCACCACCAUGGAACACACACUGGAGAGAAGCCCUACCAGUGCCUCCAGUGUGGAAGACUUCCAACCAACCAUCUAACCUUGCCAGACACCAAAGAACCCAUGCAGUGCAGGUCUGAGUGAGACCUUGUAUAGCCUCUCAGGUACACCUGUGGAACAGGCAUACAUUUCCUUUCCUCCACCCAUACUAGAUUCUAAAGGAUUUUCUUUUACAUAUCAGUUGUCCUCAGAAAUGCUGGGGGUUUUGUAUAUUGGUGAGUUUUUUUUUCUUGUCAUUGUUUUUGGGGUUCUCCCCCCUUUGAAUUCUUUGCUCUCCUUUUUCUUAAAUCUCACAGUCUAUAGAGUAAAGGAAUUAGGCAGAUGGUAGACAAAGGUAUAUUAUUGAAAUAUGUUCUUGGUAUGGACAUGAGCAAUAUAAAGUGAUGUAUUAAUAAUAAUGGCUAAUAGUAAAUUAUUUCUCUUAUACCUUUCUUUUGGGGGGGGGGGGCGGUAAGAGCAGAUUGAACCUAGAGGCACUGAGCUAAAUCCCCAGCUCUUUUUAUUUUUUCGAGACAAGGUCUCUGCUAAAUUGCUGAGGCUGGUCUUGAACUCGUGCUCUUCUUGCCUCAGUCUCCCAAGCCACAGGGAUUACAGCCACUGCAUUACAGCUUCCUUUUGCCUAAUUUCUCUGGCUAAAAUUUCAAGUACUGUAUUGAAUAGAGUGCUGAGAGUAGACAUCCUGUCUUGUUCCUGACUUCAGAGGAAAUUCUUCCUUUAGUUUUUUUUCAUUUGGUAUGAUGUUGGCUUUUGAGUUUGUUAUAUAUAGACUUUGUUAUGUUUAGGCAAGUUCCUUCCUACUUUCUUCAGAUUUUUUUUACAUCAUAAAAGGGUGUUGAAUUUUGUCAAAAGCUUUUUCUGUAUAUAUUAAGAUGAUCAUGUUACUUUUGUCCUUGAUUCUACAUAUGUGAUGAUUCACAUUUAUUGAUUUGCAUAUGUUGAACCGUCUUUGCAUCCCUGGAAUUAAACCAACUUGAUCAUGACAUAUGAUCUUUUUAAUGUAUUGUUGAAUUCAGUUUGAAAGUAUUAAGGAUUUUUGCAUCUAUGUUCAUCAGUAAUUUUCUUUCCUUGAUGUAUCAUCAUCCAGUUCUAGAGUCAUCAUGAUACUGGUUUCAUAGAAUGAGUUUGGAAGUGCUCCUUCCCCUUCUACAACAUGGAAUAAUUUGAGGAGCAUUGGUAUUAGUUCAUUUUUUAAAGGUCUUGUAAAAGGUAUCUACAAAUCCAUCUGGUCCUGAGAUCUUCUUUGUCAGCAGAUUUUAUUUUUAAAAAAUAUUUUUGUUUUAGUUGUAGUUGGACACAAUACCUUUAAUCUUAUUUAUUUACUUUUGUGUGGUGUUGAGGAUCGAAUCCAGCGCCUCACAUGUACUAGGCGAGUGCUCUACCACUGAGCCACAACCCCAGCCUCUGUCAGGAGACUUUAUUAUUGUUUUAAUUUCACUGCCUGUUAUUGGCUUGUUUAGGUUUUUGGUAGGUCAUAGAAUUUUAUCCAUUUCUUCUGUAUUUUUCCAAUUUAUUAGAAUUUAAAUUUUCAAAAUAGUUCCUAAUGAUCCUCUGGAUUUCAGUUGUGUCUGUUGUAUUUGUCUCUAAUUAUAUUAAUUAGGGUCUUCUCUCUCUUUUGCUUAGUUUGACCACAGGUUUAUCAACCUUGGUUUUUAUCUUACCUUUUCAAAGAACCAACUCUUUGUUUCAUUGGUCCUUAGUGUUGUUCUUUUAUACUCUAAUUAAUUUACCAGGUGGUCAAGUUUGUAAGGAUUCUGGCUGUGGAUAUGUACAAGGCAGCAUUCCUCUGGUGAGAAAACUCCUGGAGGGUAACAGGGGCUCUGUUAUCUACAUUUGGAUAUUCUACAGUUUCUCCCUGGAACUAGUAAGAUGACUAAUACAUGCUCAGUGCCUAGCUGCUAUGGUAAUGUCCUUUGGGAGGAGGCUCUGUACUAGAGUCUUAUCAGUCUCAACCUUAAUCUCAAACACUCAGCUUCUGGGAAUAAAGGAACUCUCUUAGACAACACCAAUGUGUCACUGCACCUAAAUCUGCCCACAGAACAGUAACUUUAUACAAUGAGCAAUAUGUACUAAUGACAUCAAUGAUCUAAUGAAACCUAUGGAUAUAGAUAAAGCUGGCAGCUCAGAUGAACAGCCCUUUUUAUUUUGCCCCUGUUCCUUGCUUGCUUCUCUGUCUCUCUUUUUGUUUUUCUUUACACAAAUUUUUAUGCUAAGACACAGGUUUCUUUUAUCAUUAUUGUCCUCCUAUGAUACAAAGUGAACCUACUUAAAAGGUUAACUAAGGUGAUCAUGAAGGUGAUGAUACCCAAUCUAUGUCUUCCUGGUUACCCUGCCUGUCAUUCAAUGAUUCUAUGGUUAUUCUACAGUGAUAAUAGAGAAAAGCAACUAAAAACAAUGUUCUUUACUUGGGUCAGGUGCAUUUCAUCCACCAACUUGGAGUAAUGAGAUUACCACAAAUUGCCAGAUGGUCACAUCAAAUUUUUAGCAGCAUCAGUGAUAAUAGAAAAAGGCCUUCAAAAUAUCUCUUUAAUAAUCAGCACUUGCUAAUGCUGGUUUAGAAAAUAUCUGAGAUUAAUAAGCCAUGAUCUCAGGGCCCCUUUUAUAAUGUCUGGUCUAACGCACACAGCACAUAGGAUGUGAGACAAAAGUCUCACAUGGAAAUAGCCACUUCAACCUCUGUCCCAUGGUUAAUUCUAGUUCUGGCUUGAGUUCUACCAGUCAUGAAAUCAACUGAGCACAAGUGUGUAAAUGUAGCCAGCUCAGCCAAAACCCUGGGUCCUCAGCAUUAGAUAUAGAUUUGAGGGAAACCAGGUUGUAGCAUGUGAAUUUAUUUUGUAAUGUAACAUUAUACUAUUAUGAAAUGGAAAAAAUAAAAGUAUAAAGCCUCAACCAUUACAUAUUUUGCAAUUUGGGCUAUCUCCCAAUGUGUGAUUUGUUUGACUAACUUUAUUUUAAUGAAUAUUAAAUUCCCUCAAGUGCCCAUUACAUUUAAUUCAUUAAAGUCAUACAUACCCCAGAACAUUUAUCUAUCUCCAAAAGAAGGCAAAAAAUCCUCAAUAAAACAUGGAUCACAGUACAGGGAACAAAUUAGAAAUUUGCUGAUAAAAGUUUAGAGAUAUGCUGUAGUUUCACAGACUUUAGCAAUAAACUAAGACUUAAAACCUCAACUCAAAUUUAUUUAUUUUUGUGGUACUGGGGAUGGAACCCAAGAGUGCUCUAUCACUGAGCUACAUCCCCAGCCCUUUUAAAAUUUUAUUUUUUUAAAAAAUGUUUUUAGUUAUAGAUGGACACAAUACCUUUACUUUAUUUGUUUAUUUUUCUUCAUGUGUGUGGUGAGGAUCAAACCCAGUGCCUCACUUGUGUUAGGCGAGUGCUCUACCACUGAGCCACAACCCCAGCCCUUAAAUUUUAUUUCGAGACAGGGUCUUGCUAAGUUGUCCAGGCUGGCCUCAAAAUUGUAGUUCUCCUGCUUUAACCUCCUGAGUUGCUGGGAUUACAGGCAGGCACUCCCAUGCCUGACCCCAUCUCAAACUGAGUUUUAAAAAUGGAAGAUUUGUUAUUUUACAUAACUGAAAAUUCAGGGUACAGAAGUUUAUCAAUUCUGGCACAUCUUUAUUUAGGACCCAAAAAACAAGGCAAAAUCUUUCCCCAUCUUUUGGUCUGCUAUUAAAAAUGGUCUCA